CACACACACUCCACUCCUACUAGUUCACCUCACUACUUCAAUUAUAAUCAUCAUGAAGCUGCUCGUUUCCGCCGCCAUCUUGGCCCUCUCCUCCAUGGCCAUGCUCUCGGAUGCCCACAUCUCCUUCAGAUACCCAUGCCCUCGUCGCGGUCCUUACUCCGAGUGCCCUCAGCCCAAGGAUAACGAGUGGAACUUGGUCGACUACGAUGUCCAGUCUCCUCUUGGUACCCACGAUAGUAUCAGCGACCCCAUUUGCAAGCACCCCAGCUCGUUCGCUGGAGUCCGCCCCACCUUCACUGCUGGUCAGACCGUCCAGACCAAGAUGGAUGUUGAUGUGAACCACAACGGAGGAAGCUGCCAAUGGGCCCUUUCCUACGACAACGGCUCCACCUGGGUUGUCAUCCAAGACCAGUUCCAGAACUGCCUUGCCAGCGCCCCCGCUAGUAGCACUUACACUGUGCCAGUGACGAUCCCCGCCAACGCCCCUACGGGCAAGGCCAUCCUGAACUGGAUUUGGAACAACAACGAGGGCAACCGUGAAUUGUACUCGAGCUGUGCUGACGUCGUCAUCCAGGGCACGAACGGCGGUUCGCUCUCGGGUGUUGCUCCCCUCUUUGCCAACUAUGGUCCCUCGAGCCCACUCAUUCCCGAGAGGGCUGUCUCGGGUGGCGACUGGGGCAAGAAGUACUUUGAUGCCAGAAAGCCCAUCACCGUCACUGUCCCUGCCCAGAAGUUGAAGAGACAGGUCGUUGACAUGAACUAAAUAACCACAACAAUAACAACAAAACGGAGCUGCUGGUCACUCUACACAAGAAAUUGAAAUGAAGGACAAAAAAAAGAAAAAAAAAAAAGAAUGAGAGAGACGUGGUAGUUGAUAUGACGAGGAGAAAGACCGUGUCGGGAAG